UCCUCUCUAACCAAUGUUAACCACUAGAUGGCGACAAAAUAGAAAUGUUCAUGCCUUCAUGAAAUGUGAUGGUGUAUUUGAUUAUUCCGCACACCAUCAUUACACUGUAGUCUUGCAUAACAAUCAUGACAGCUAAACGGGUUUAAGACGCAUAGCAGACUCAAGAACUACUCUAUGUAAGAUGAAUACUGAGGACAAGUUGGAGGGUAUGUUGCUGAAGUGCAGCAGUGGAGGAAUAGAUGGAGGAGGGAGAGUCGGGCUGGUCAGCGGAGGAGGACUGGUGGUCAUGACCCUGGGGGAACGAUCGCUGGCAAACCACCCUCUGUUGGCCGAGGACGAGGACGAUGAAGACGACGAUGAGGACUUGACCGGGAGCUCGCUGGUUACACAUGACCUGGUCCCUCCAGAGCAGCUGAUGAUGCAGGAGGAGAUGACUAAGAAUGGUGGAGGAGGAGAAGAGGAGGGAGGAGGCGAGGUGGGAGUGCAUUUCCCCCUAAAACUCACCAAUAAGUUGCCCUGCUUGCUUCAUAUGCCAUUGAGCAUCAAGCAGGAACUACCAGUCCAGAUGAAGAAGGACAAAAAAGGAAUUAAGGACCUGAUGGUGUGUCCCAAGAAGAAAAAAAGGAAGCAGCGUUCACCAGCAAAGAUUCUCAGCAUCAAUGAUGAUGGAUCAUUGGGCAUACAGAACCCCAAGUGUCACGUCUGUGUUCACUGUAAUGCUGCAUUCAGAACCAACUACCAUCUACAGAGGCAUGUCUUCAUUCACACAGGUGAGAAGCCGUUUCAGUGCAGCCAGUGUGAUAUGCGCUUCAUUCAGAAAUAUCUUCUCCAGAGACAUGAGAAAAUCCACACUGGCGAAAAGCCUUUUCGCUGUGACGAGUGCGGGAUGAGGUUCAUCCAGAAGUACCACAUGGAGAGACACAAGAGGACUCACAGUGGAGAGAAGCCCUACCAGUGUGAUUACUGUCACCAGUACUUCUCCAGAACAGACCGGGUUUUAAAGCACAGACGAAUGUGUCACGAGAACAGAGAGAGAAAGGCCAACAAGGCAGCUGGUAAAGUUGGGCCUUUGCGUGAAGCAGAUUCUUUAGGCCUCCCCUUUCUUGCCAAAGAGUGUUCACUGCCCAAGAAAAAGCGCCAAAAGUGUGCAGACAAGAGUUCAGGUGCUUCCACUGCUGCCCAGCCAGAUGGGAACACUGUCACUGUUGUAGAAAUGGAGGAGAAGGAGGAGCACAGACAGAAUAAAUUUGAAGGUCUACCUCUCUAUGCUGUGUCCUCCAAAGUCAAACAUGAGUAUGUGAUCGCAGACUACUCUGUGGAACUUCCUGAAGAAACGGCAAGCCAACACCAAGAGGGAGAAGUGUCAUCAGAAGGCACAACGCCUCCCAAGCUAGUCCUGAAGAAAGUCCCUAAGAGGAGUCUUAAACAGUCCAGUGAACAAACUCCUCCAGGCCUGUCCACUUUGUCUUCCUUUGAGGAAAAUACUAAGGUCACACAGUACACCUUUGAAAUUGUGGACAAGCAGGGCCUUUUAGACGUAGAGAGCAACACUGAACUCGAGUCAGUUGAAACUCUUCAAGGAGGACCAACGAAGCCAGCAGCUAGCAGCUCAAACUACGACGACGCCAUGCAGUUUCUCAAGAAGAAACGUUAUCUUCAGGCUGCAAUGGCCAACAACAGUCGGGAUUACGGCCUGAACACGAGCAGCAUUUCUUCUCAGCCGCCUGUUACACAAACUGUGGUGUCAGCCGUCAUUGACGAGACUGUCCCUGCCACCAUACUAGAGCCCCAGCCCAUCAACGCAGAGAUUAAAGCGACGCAUGACAAGAAUGUGUUGCCAGAUGAGGUUCUUCAGACGCUGUUGGACCACUACUCCAACAAAGCCAAUGGGCAGUCAGACAUUUCCUUCAGUGUGGCUGACACAGAGGUGACGUCAAGCAUAUCCAUCAAUUCCUCUGAUGUUUCAGACAGCAGCCCCGUGGAGAGUCUCGGAGCCUCUAGUGCCCAGGCUCAGCCGGCUACUGAGAAGGUCAGCCUCUUGCAAGAGUACUCCAAGUUUCUCCAGCAAGCACUGGAGAGGACCAGCCAGAACGACAGCUACCUGACCAGCCAGAGCCUCAGCUUGGUCUCCGAAAACCCCACUUUAGCUGGACAACCUCUGUUCUCCACUGAGAAACAGUUUCCUUCCCCCAGCAGGUUCAAAUCAGGGAUGAGCUCUCCACUAAGGUCCACUUUAGAGAAACCUCACUUUGGAUUACUGGUUGGGGACUCCCAGCACUCAUUUUCAUUUUCAGGUGAUGAGACCACCCCUCCCUCCGCAGUGUCCCCAGCUGAGGAGGACUUUCUGGAGCAGGUCUCGCCCUCCAAAAAGACAGACUCUUCACAAGGCAUACUGCAGACUUUUCAAAUAACUUCCUUCGAUCAGAACUUCAAAUCUAAUUUUCAGACAUCGAGAUCUGGAUCCUCCCCACAGUUUACUGUUGCCAAUGGACAAUUAAGUCUUCGAGGACACAGCACAGACUUCUCAGAGUUCCCCUUAGUCAGAGUCACUGAGACCAGGUCUCAACUGAACUCCUCCCCUGAUGUUUCAUCCAGUGAAACCUUUGGCUGAAGGGAGGGGGGUGGAGAAUUUGUUUCUGUUAAUAAUUUCAGCAGCACUUUAUCUCAUGUCUCCUGUUUUGCCAAAACGAGUCCCAUUGCAACUAUGUGCUCUUUCUCAAAGCAUUUUGUUAUUGUUUUUUUUUUUGUUGUUGUUGUUUUUUGUUAAAUGCAACCUCAUAGAAUGGAAAUACUGAAAAAUAAUAAAUCAUAAUUAGCAUUGCCCCUUUAAAACAAUGAAUUGUAAUUGUGCAUGGGUAUAUUUCUCGCUCCAGAAUGUAAAUUGAGAGAUUAAGCGACCAAAGUGAAAUGCAAGAGAUAGAGUGAAAUAUCCUCUCACAGCAUUGCCAUAGAGUUUUUUUGUUCUGUCAAUCAGUUUGCCUUGUACAAAAAAAUUAUCAAGUCACCCUUGCUGCUUAAUGCAACAUUUACACUUAUUAAAAUAUGGGCCCUAUUUAUAUAUGCCUUUUUGAUCUUACUGUAUCUACCUCCCCUUGCUGUUUAUCUGGUUAAAGUUCACUCCUACAACCUUUUUAUUCCAGCUGUGUAAUUCCUGUUAAAUUGUCUACUGAAAUGACACCAUGAUUAGAUCAUAACUGAUUCUUCCCUGUAUGUUGACGUCACUUUACUGUCACCUGAAAUGGGUGUUUCCACAUGAAAUGUGUAAUGAAUGCUACAGGAAAGAUUUAACUGAUUGUAUGUAUCUGAUAUGGAAUCUGGUUUAUUUUCCAUUUACAGAUUGGGCCUAAUUUGGUUGGUGUGAUGGCCCAAAAGAAGAAAUUAUAGUUCUCAUUCAUAAAUAGCUUAACAAUGUAUGGAUUAAUGGAUUUUUUACAAAUGUCACUGUAGUGCAGGAUAGGCUGUGUAAUAAAAGGCUGGGCUGUAUUAGAUUUAAAAGUCUAAUACAGUCCUGCCCCCCGCAUACAUGUAAUGGUUGCAGGAUAAUUCAGCAGUCUAGGUGAGUUGUAGUGAAAUUACUUAAAAGGAUUGUGCUUCAUUUUUGCACAAUUUGCACAUUUUUCACUACAGGGAAUGUAGGAUGUACUUUCACAGUGGAGGAAUUGCAUAAUACCUUUACUUACAAGGUGACUAUUUGUUAAAUGAGAUUUCUGAGACCCUUCUGUCUGAUUUGGGUUAUUUGAAAUUACAGAUGAUGCCCUUUGCUUUUGUCACUUAUAAUGUAGCUCUCGUAGCUGCAGUUUUAUAGUACUUUGAUUGUUCAUCUUGUAAGUUGCACAGGUUUUGGGGAAACGACGUGAUUAGACCCCCUUGUAUUGAUUUGAAAGUCUAGGUUUUUUUAAGGCUAUAUUAUGAAAGAAAUGAGGUGCUUGGUUUUCCAUUUUUAUUAGUUUUGCAUCUGUGCCUUUCUUUUUUUAUUCCAGCCUUUCGUUUACUCAUUCCUGUAUAUGUAUUUCUUUUUUUCUUAGUCAGUGCUCUGAGGCUACUAAUUCCACUUGCACAAUAACAACAAACACAUAAGCUAUCAACCUAUUCACUCUGUAAUACGCUGAGAUCUGGGAGUUUCAUUUCAUUUUGCCCAUCAUAUUUUCUUAUUUUAGCAAGAAAUCGCACCAAGUUUAAUUCUCAAACUAUUAUCUGUUGUUGGAAGGAAAUGGCAUUUUCAUUGACUGUGCUGCAGUAUGUGUAUAUGAGUACAGAAUCAUGUUUCAGAUAUCUGUAGUUUUGAUGAUUAUCACCUAUUUGCUAGAAUUCAGUAGUAAGCCACAUCUUUCCAGGCCUUGUUGAAAUAAAACGUGGUUGAGUGAGGUCUCUUCUGUACUUCAUCACACUGUUGAUUGUUUUCCAUGUGUAGAUGUAUGUGUGAUGUCUUAGGUGCUAUUGUGUAAAACACUGUUUUUAUAUGCGCCGUCAAAUUAGGUUUGAAAAUUGAUGUUAAGUUCCCUCUUGUUACAAUUCUACUGACAAUCAGGGACAGACAGCACCCACAUUAAUCAUCAAAUACUUUAUUUUUCCUCAUUGAACAUUCCCACUAGAAUGUAUAGAAAAUAUCCUACUGUAAAUACAUUGUAUAUUUUUAUGUUCUGAGAAGUACUGUUAGGUCUUUGUGUCAAUAGAGAGACGAGUCUUGUGCAAGAGACACUUUUAAUCAGUGGAAGGCACAUUCAUUAAGUUUUCCAGCAUUUAUUUCAGUCAACCAUGAAUCCAUUUCACUUGCUGACGAGAUGUGGCUUUCUGAGGUUUGUAUAUAUCUCACCACUGUUAUCAGAAGAAAAUUGACACGUUUUUAGAGUUUUAUUGAUGAUUGGUUCAAGUGAAUUUAUUUUUAUUUUUUUUUGUAAGUUAAUGCAGUUGAUUGUGCAUUAUGAUGGGAUUUACUGUAUCCAAGUGUUAAUGAAAAGCCCCCACCCCCAGAAAAUGUUGGUUUUAAAGUAAUACUCCACCUGAAAUCAGUGUUUUUAGUAUCAAAUAUUUAACCUCAACAGCUGUGGUCAGCUUGAAAUCAGGUCGGUUAAAACAGAUUUUGGGUGGAGUAUAACUCAAAAAUAAGUUGUAUGGUUGAAAUAUUCCACUAGCUACCCAUUUCAUUGUAAGCAAUUAUUGAAAGCACAGUGCAGAUUCUGCUUCAUAAAUUGUAUCCCAUGAAUUCAUCAUGGAGAAGUUUAAAUUCAAUUAAGCAAUUGCAACUGUUGAUGGAGAUUCAUGAAUUAUAUGAGUAGUACUAUGGUAUUCUUUCCUUUUUAAUAAACUAUUGUCAGUAACCUGGCCAUAAGUGUCCUUGUAUAAGCUAGAGAAAAAAAUUGUUUUGUGUAAAAAGAUCUGAAUUAUGAAUUUUUUGAUAAAAACUAUUUUUGAAACAUGUCAUUUAAGGCACUGAUAUGUACAGUAUAUAAUAUGCAAUCAUUAUUGCUACCCUCAUUUAUCUCUGUACAAGUCGUUUGUGUCAAGAUCUUUCAAAUGUGGACCGGAAUCUCUUUCCUGGGUCUGAACUUUGACUUUGGCAUUUUCAUACUUUUAAAGAACUUGACGAGGAAGCCCUACUUCUUCACUGUAAGGUUGAGCUUAAGUUAGACAGUAAGGUUUAUUUGCAUGGUCUCUAACUUGUUGGGUCGAGUGAACUUGUUUUAUGAAUAAUGUGCAGCUUUAAUUGUAGCUGAUUAAUUUCAGUCAAGUAACCCAUAUGAUUAGAUUUUUGCAAUAUAUUAUGAUUUGUAAACAAUCUGAUUAAAUUGUUUUGAUUGUUGUGUCAUGUCCUUAUGAAUAAAAUAAUUCACAGUA